GUUCAUUUUAUUAAUUUAUCUGACCCCAAUCUCAAAUUCACAGCAGAGAGAAGUCGGGAGAAAAUAGACUUCUUGGAUCUUACAAUCCACAAAAAUAAAGAAAACAAGUUGGAGUCUACUAACUUCCGCAAGCCGCAGAGUAGGAAUACACUUUUAUGCGCAUACAGUAACCACCCGGUACACCUUAAGCAGAACAUACUGGUGGGUCAAUUCCUAAGGCUCCGAAGUAACUAUAGUCCAAACAUAGAUUUUGAGCGCAAAGCUAGGUUCCUGCAAAGUGGGUAUGAUAAGGGUGUCAUUGAACAGGCCUAUACCCGUGCUAGAGAGACUGAACGUCAAAGCCUACUCACUGGCACUAAUAGAAACCAGGACAAAAUGCGCCCACGUGUUUUUCCACAGAGUACAGCCCAUGUACUGGUCGCGUCAAAUCCAUUGUAUUGAAACACUGGAACAUUCUCAAAAGUGAUCAAAAUCUACGAGAGUUCACAGCAUUGCCCCCUUGCUUUUGUUUU